AUUCAAGCCAUCCCACCAAGGACAGACUGGAACCCCUCCCUGUUGCGCACCAACUAAUCCGUGCCGGAUCCAAGGGGUCAGUCAGCGAUCAACUUUCCACCGCUGGUCGGCCACAGUCCAACCUCGAACCAACGACCAGACUGACUUUUUGGGCCUCUUGACAGUAACCCGAAAUCAGUCCUCGAUCACUUCCUGCCCCAGACUUCGAUACCCCCAUAUUGCAAUUCAAACCCCUCCAUUCGGUUCUGUUUCUGUUUUGUUCAGCUCGUCGUCGACAAGCAGACCAGAUCACAACACUUGACCUCUUUUUUUACUUGCUCCUCAGCAUCGACCACAUCCUUCCGCCUCGUCUACGUACACGAACCUCCCCCUCGUCAUCUAUCUGGUCUUCGGGACCACGAUUCGCCCAACAUGUCGUGGAAGCUGACAAAGAAGCUCAAGGAAACCCACCUGACCACGACGCUGUCAAAUACCUUUUCUCGAUCCCCCUCGACGUCUACGAUCACGGACAAAGAUGACAAGAGUGGAGAUUCUGGAAUCUCGGGAGCGGCGACGCCGACAAAUGAGAGCAACGUCGCGAUAGAAACUCUAACCCAGGCACCGGUUGUGAAGCCCUCAAAACCAGGCAUCCUCGUGGUUACUAUACACGAGGGCCAAGGCUUUUCUCUACCGGAGCAGCAUCGGGCAGCGUUUGGCAUGGGUAACCAACAUUCGUCGUCGGUCUCGACGGGCAACGGCUUCGGCGUCGCCGGCUCGGUCCGACCCGGCUCGUCACAAAAAAGUCCUGGCGUCUUUAACGGAAGGCCACAGACGUCAGGCGGCGGGUUUGGAACGCUGCCGACGAACCACGGUCGAUUCUCGGGCAAGUACAUGCCCUAUGCUCUGAUCGACUUUGAUAAGGUUCAAGUCUUUGUCAACUCGGUGGAAGGCUCCCCCGACAACCCCCUGUGGGCAGGUUCCAACACGCAGUACAAGUUCGACGUCUCGCGAGUCACGGAGCUCACGAUCCACCUCUACAUAAGAAACCCCAACGCACCACCCGGGUCAGGACGCAGCCAGGAUAUCUUCCUGGGCGUCUGCCGGAUUCAGCCGCGAUUUGAGGAGAGGCAGCCGUUCGUCGAGGAUCCCAAGAUGAGCAAGAAGGACAAGGAGAAGGCCCAGGCCGAGUGGGCCAAGCGGGAGCGGGCGCUUGGUUUCAGCGGCGUCGAGUGGGCCGACGUUCAGUACGGCACGGGCCGCCUCAAGAUUGGUGUUGAGUUUGUCGCCAAUAGGACUGGCAAGCUCAAGCUCGACGAGGACUUUGAGCUCCUCAAGGUGGUCGGCAAGGGCAGCUUCGGCAAGGUCAUGCAGGUGCGCAAGAAGGACACGAACCGAAUCUACGCCCUCAAGACGAUCCGGAAAGCACACAUCAUCUCGCGUUCCGAGGUCACCCACACCCUGGCCGAGCGCUCCGUCCUGGCCCAGAUCAACAACCCCUUCAUCGUGCCCCUCAAGUUCGCCUUCCAGUCCCCCGAGAAGCUCUACUUCGUCUUGGCGUUCGUCAACGGUGGUGAGCUGUUCCACCACCUGCAGAAGGAGCAGCGGUUCGACGUCAACCGCUCGCGCUUCUACACGGCCGAGCUCAUCUGCGCCCUCGAGUGUCUGCACGGCUUCAACGUCGUCUACCGCGACCUGAAGCCCGAGAACAUCCUGCUCGACUACCAAGGCCACAUUGCCCUCUGCGACUUUGGCCUGUGCAAGCUAGACAUGAAGGACGAGGACCACACCAACACCUUUUGCGGAACUCCCGAGUACCUGGCACCCGAGCUGCUCGAGGGCAAGGGCUACGACAAGGCCGUCGACUGGUGGACCCUGGGCGUGCUGCUUUAUGAGAUGUUGACAGGCCUGCCACCUUUCUACGACGAGAACACCAACGAGAUGUACAAGAAGAUCCUGUACCAGCCUCUCGACUUCCCGGGCCCCGAGGUCGUACCGCCUGCCGCCCAGGACUUGCUGAGGAAGCUUUUGGACCGCGACCCCAAGACCCGUCUCGGAUCGCCGGAGCGCGGACGUGGCGCUGCUGAGAUCAAGUCCCACCCCUUCUUCCACGCCAUAGAUUGGCGCAAGUUGUUGCAGCGCAAGUAUGAGCCGGCGUUCAAGCCCAGCGUGGCCAAUGCUCUCGACACGACCAACUUUGACCCCGAGUUCACAUCCGAGGCACCGCAGGACUCUUAUGUCGAAGGACCGGUCCUCUCACAGACAAUGCAGGACCAGUUCCAGGGCUUCAGCUAUAACCGACCGAUUGCGGGACUUGAUGACGCCGGCGGUAGUGUUAAGGACCCUUCGUUUGUCGGCAGCCUUCAGGGAGGAAGAUAGAGCUUGUUGAAUCUUUUUUUUCCUUCCCCCCGGCCUUGGCCGGCCGAGGAGCAAAUCAUGAAAAUAAAGAGGAGAGGCUAUUUAAGCCUAGCCUCGAUGCCACAAGUGAACAACUUGACAAAUAACACUGGUUGUGUAAAGCGCAUCGCACCAAGGAAUGAAAUUGGCGACACUGGCAUAUAGCGCCAUUUCAUGGUUUUUAGAAAAGGGAUGUGCCGGAGCUCUUUUUUUUCUUCUUUUUUUUACACGCAUCGUUGAUACACAAAGAUUUUUUUUUCUUCUCUUCGUCUUGUUGUUUUUCUCGAUUGACUCACUGGUUGGAUCGCUUGACCAUGGCCUUGAGCGGCUCUCUUGCGUUCUCUUUUCUUUUUUUACACGUUGAGCUCAGUCAAGAUCAACCUUUACCGGCGUCCAGGAGGGGGGUUGUCUUUUUUUUGAGCAAAUAUCAGGGACUCUUUAUGCGUUUCUUCUCAUGAGAGGUUGAUAUUCAGCUUUUACUGGGGUGCUUUUUUUUUCUCAAGACAAAUUUUGCGAUGAUUUUUCACCAUUGAAACUAUCUGCAUAUUUUUAUUUUUUUUCUCUAGGUUUGAGACCGCCUGCCUGCAGAUUCCCGGGGGUAUUAUAUGGCCAUCUUGACAUAUUGUUCUACCCAACCAUAGGCGCUUGGCCAAGAUACCCCUGGAAUGGACGGUCACUCGGUGUAGACCCUCCAACGUUGCGACUGAUUGGUCAGCAAUAAGACUGAAGCAUUUGGCCUAGGUAGCUGAUCAAAAGAAUUGCAACAAAUUGGUCUUGCAACGACCUUGUUUCUUCUCUGUGAAUGAUGAGUGAUUGACAGUUUGUAGGGCGCCUGAUGCUUGUAUUGACAGUCUUUUUCACAUGGACGGCUGACUCGAGACGUCACAGAUGCAAU